CCUGCCUGCCUGUCCUGCCCUGCGCAGCAUGCAGCCCCUGGGCCUCGAGAGUACCCCCGCCAUCCGCCGGCGACCGCUGCUGCGUCUCCUGCUCCUGCUGUCUCUGCUGCUGCCGCGGCCGAUAACCCAUGCCCAGACCACACAGGGAACCCCCAGCUCCCGGACCCUGCCGGCCACCUCCAGCGCCCCAAGUCUGCGGGAGCGCGCGCGGGCCCUGAUGCGGGACUUCCGUCUCGUGGACGGCCACAACGACAUGCCAAUUGUGCUGAGGCAGUUUUACCGCAACGGGCUACAGGAUGUCAAUCUGCGCAAUUUCAGCCGUGGCCAGACCAGCCUGGACAGGCUUAGAGAUGGUCUCGUGGGCGCCCAGUUCUGGUCAGCCUACGUCCCAUGCCAGACCCAGGAACGGGAUGCCCUGCGCCUCACCCUGGAGCAAAUUGACCUCAUCCGCCGCAUGUGCGCCUCCUAUUCUGAGUUGGAGCUUGUGACUUCAGUUAAAGCUCUGAACAACACCCGGAAGCUGGCUUGCCUCAUUGGUGUGGAGGGUGGCCACUCGCUGGACAGCAGCCUUUCCAUCUUGCGUACCUUCUAUGUGCUGGGUGUGCGCUACCUGACCCUCACUCACACCUGCAACACACCCUGGGCAGAGAGCUCAGCUAAAGGCAUCCAUUCCUUCCACAACAAUGUCAGUGGGCUGACCAGCUUCGGUGAGAAGGUGGUGGUGGAAAUGAACCGCUUGGGCAUGAUGGUAGAUUUGUCGCAUGUCUCAGACACUGUGGCUCGGCGAGCCUUGGAAGUGUCGCAGGCACCUGUGAUCUUUUCCCACUCGGCUGCCCGAGGUGUGUGCAAGAAUGCCAGGAACGUUCCUGACGAUAUCCUACAGCUUCUGAAGAAGAAUGGAGGCAUCGUGAUGGUGUCUUUGUCAGCAGGGGUGCUGCCAUGCAACCUGUUAGCCAACGUGUCCACUGUGGCAGAUCACUUUGACUACAUCAGGGCAGUCAUUGGAUCCAAGUUCAUUGGGAUUGGCGGAGAUUAUGAUGGGGCCAGACGAUUCCCUCAGGGGCUGGAGGAUGUGUCCACGUACCCGGUUCUGAUAGAGGAGUUGCUGAGUCGUGGCUGGAGUGAGGAAGAGCUCCAGGGUGUCCUUCGUGGAAACCUGCUGCGGGUCUUCAGACAGGUGGAACAGGUACGGGAGGCAAGUAAGGGGCAAAGCCCCCUGGAGGAUGAGUUCCCGGAUGAGCAGCUGGGCAGUUCUUGCCGCUCUGUUCUCUCACGUCUGCAUCAGACACAGUACCUGGCUCCAGACCAGAAACUAACUUCAGCGCAUUGGACACCUAAGCAGUCACCUAAACAAUCAUUGUCAAAAUCUCCCCCCAACAUGGCUCCAGGCCUCACAGUUAUUGCUGCCUGUUUAGUCCUCAUGCUGUGGUUCUGGUGACCCAGUUCAUCCUACCAGAUGUUACUGUGGCAGCCGCAGACACCCCACAAUGUUCCCCCAUCAUGCAGGCACAAAUAUUUCCUGAAAAUAAAUGUUU